AAAAUGCUUAUAAUUGGUGCUGUGUGCUGUCAGACGUCAAAAUUGACGCACAAACAAGUGGUCGAUGAAAGAGAAAGAGAUAUGGAGGGGAUUUUCGAUAUUAGUAAUAUUUACACAGUGUAAACUUUAACAAUGGCUUUUAGAACUGCACGUAAUCUGGCAUAUUUUUCAAAUUAUAUCAGAAAUUAUUCAACAAACGGUCCCCUGGUAAACGUCACUGUUAAUGAAAAAUCAGGUUUUGCAACGGCGACACUCCAAAGGCCCUCCGUAAAUAGUUUGAACUUGGAACUCUUGACCGAAAUAUCUCACACGCUACAACAACUGGAAAAAAACAAAUGCAGAGGUUUAAUAUUAACAUCUGCCUCAAACAAGGUCUUCAGCGCAGGUCUAGAUCUGUUUGAGCUACAUAAACCCAAUGCAGAUAAAAUCAAACAAAUGUGGUCAACUCUGCAAGAAGUAUGGAUCAAAUUAUAUGGCAGCUCAUACCCUACAGUUGCUGUUGUUAAUGGCCAUGCUCCUGCUGGGGGUUGUAUGCUAGCCUUAUCAUGUGAAUACAGAGUAAUGUUGAAUAAUUUCAUAAUAGGACUGAAUGAGGCACAAAUUGGGUUUUCUGCGCCAAUGUGGCUUAUAGACGGCAUGAGGAACACAAUUGGAAGUAGGCAGGCCGAAUUUGCGUUAACGGCAGGAACCCUUUUUAAAACUGAAGAAGCUUUAAAAAUAGGGUUGGUGGAUGAAGUUGCUCAAAGCAAAGAAGAGGCUAUUGAAAAAGCUGAAAAAUUCCUAAACAAAUUUGCAAAAAUUCCUCCUCAUGCGAGAUCAAUGACUAAAGCAGCACUACGUGGAGCUAAUAUUCAGGCUCUCGUUAGGAAUAAAGAUGAAGAAGUGAGGAGUUACGUAGAUUUUGUUACUGAUUCACAAUUUCAGGACUCACUUGGUGAGUUUAUAGAGUUAAACCUAAAACAGAAACUAAGCAAGUGAUUUUGUCAUAAAGGAAAAUGUUAUAUUUUAUAUUUUUACAUAUACCCAAGUUUUAUAUAAUUUGUCUACUUUAAAUAAUCAUAUUAAUAUGCAAGAAAUAUAGGUAUACUUGUUUUGUUUAUCACAGAAAUUAAUAAAUAUAUCAAUAUCAA